UCCGCUCGCAGUCGUCCCCCAGCUCGCGCGACAUGGCGCCCACCGCCCGAUGGUCCCCGCUGCUCUUCCUCCUCCUGCUCGCGGCGGCCACCGCGACGGCGACGGCGACGAACACGACGGCAGAGCAUCCGUCCGGCUCCGACCCGCCCCCGUCGCCGACGCCGACGCCGUGGCCGGAGCGUUUCCACGCGGUGCUGUUCACGAACCUGACCAACUACUCGGACGCGUCGACGGGCCCGCCGCUGCGCAUCACGGACCUCUACUACGACUGGCCGCGGCGGCGGAACCUGAACCUGGUGCGCCACCAGCUGUCGCCCGACCCGCUCUACGACGUGGAGUGGAACAACGGCACCACCUUCUACUUCGACUCCAGGGCCUGCCGCGUCGAGCGGUUCCCCGUCGGCGUGCUCCCGCCAUGGUGGCUCUCCGGCGGCGGCGCCCAGUACCUGGGCCGCCGAGUCGCCGGCGGGAUCGACUGCCACCUGUGGGGCAAGGCCGGGUUCAUCUUCUACUACGAGGAGGCGCGCACGGGGCGGCCCGUGCGCUGGGACUUCGUCGAUGUGACGGGGAUCCAGCAGUACGUGAUGAGCUUCGAGCCCGGAGUGGAGCUGGAGGAGGACGCGCAGUGGCAGGCACCUGCAUACUGCUUCACGGACGAUGACAACGACGACGAAGAAGAAGGGAAGAGAAAUGACAAUGCAGCAAGGGGUAGUGGUGAGGAGGCUGGGGAUGGACUUGAGGUGGCUAGCAGGUUACUCAGGAAGCUUGCAGGAGCUGCAGCAACGUCUUGAUUGUACUGUAUUAUUAACUAACUAAUGCCUCCUCAUUUUAAUUUCCUAUAUUGUUGCUCCUGUCCAAAACAACAGAUAUAUGCUCUGAAUUAUGAGAGGCACAUUUAGAACUAACAAUCUAGAUCUAGAAAGAUUAAUAAGGAUCUUCCUCAGGUUGAGUGGAUCAUUAGUAUAUUGUUGAGCUUGAGCACCA